AUGGGAAGUGUGAUAAGUCACGCUGCCAAUGGCGUUGGAGGUCUUUUAGGGGACGCCAUUACUGCUCCCUUCAAGACCGUUUUUGGUCGUUCAUGCGAGGACAUCUGUUCUGGACCAUGGGAUGUGAUUUGCUUUAUUGAGCAUUUAUGUGUCUCAAAUCUGUUGAGACUUUUAAUGAUUUUGGUCCUAAGCUACAUCACUUUAUUGUUCUUCUACCUAUUAUUCAAGGUUGGAAUUUGCCAAUGCAUUGUAAAAAGCCUUUGUAAGAUGUGUUGGGCUGCUUGUGAAGCAUACUGGUAUGCACUUGAAGAUAUUACCUGUUUCUUGUGGCACAAGUUAAUGAACACCAAGAGGGUAAACCGCCGCCGCAGGCGGCCCCAGCGCCGUCGUUUUCAUGACAUAGAACAAGGCUACAGUACAAGCGAUGAAACUGACUCUUCCGAAUAUGAUAAUCACCAUUUGGUCAAAGACAUUAGGAAGAACUACUCUGUUAAAAGAGGGAGAAGAGAGCGGUUUCAGAACUCCUCCUUUAGAAAUUCAAGUGGGAUUGGUCCCUCUCGAAGUAGACACCACCAUGUAAAUUUGAAGAGUAGAGAAGUUUCUGUGCAUGGGUUUAAGGGCAGGUCUCGUAGACUAAGAAGAGACUCAAGACAACUUCAGUCAAGGAAAGUGAGAAAUGUGGGAAGAGAAGCCAAAGUUUUCAAGAAGAGACGACUUAGGUGAGUGUGACAUAGUACUUGUAAUGAAUAAUUAAGUACCAUAUGUAGACUACUGCAAUUCUGUUGUGAAGCAUUUGAUUUAGUGAGUCAAAUUAACAAAUUUGGAAAGAAAUUAAUAGAUAAUGGCAAGGAGCUAUCUUCUUAUUAGGUAAUUUUCUU